AUGGCGUACAUUACUGGGGCCGACUUGGACCGCGUCCUCGAGCGCAGAAAAGACAAGGACUCUCUCGGCGUGAAACUCGCUGCGGCGAUUGCGCUGAUCGAUGGCGUGCUGGAUGACUAUGGGGAGCAGGCGGUUGCGCUGAGCUUUAACGGUGGCAAGGAUUGCACCGUCCUCCUGCACCUCUUCGCUGCCGUCCUCUACGCGCGGCACAACACGCGUUCGCACCCAACCCCGCGCGCAGUCCCCCCCACGCCAACCGCCGCCCCGCGGCGCGACAAGCCCGUGCUCAACGCUUCCUUCAGGGCAUACGCAGAGGGCCAGGACGGCCCGCCGUAUGACGAGCCCAUGCUCAGCGCUUCCUUCCGGGCAUACGUAGAGGGCCCGGCCGCCCCACCGCCGCCGCUCCCUGCCAACGUCGCCGAAGGUGAACCGGCGAGGAGUGCAACGCACCACACGCCGGCACAUGGCUCUGCUGCCGCCGUCCCGUACCCUCCCAUCCGGAGCGUGUACUUUACGGCACCGAACCCAUUCCCCGCGCUCGAGACGUUUGUCAUCGAUUCGGCCACGCGGUAUGGGCUCGAUCUGUGGCGGUUUGGCGGAGGAAUGAAGAGCGCGCUGAGCGAGUAUCUUGGAUGUGGGGGAGGCAAGGACGUACGUGCCAUCUUGUUGGGGACCCGGCAAGGGGAUCCGAAUGGGAACGUCGCCGUGCUGGCGGCCACCGACCCCAGCUGGCCCCAAGUGCUCCGCGUCCACCCUGUGCUGGACUGGACUUACACCGAGGUGUGGCAGUUCCUGCGUGAACUCGGCGUGCCUUGGUGCAGCCUGUACGACGAGGGAUUCACAUCUCUCGGCUCGACACAUAACACUGCCCCAAACCCGCUGCUCAAAACGGACGCAGGUUACGAGCCAGCGUGGAAGCUGCAGGACCCGUCACAGGAGCGCGCGGGGAGGGGGGUGAAGACGACCUAG